GGUCAGAUCGAGAAAGAGCUGGCGCUUCGGCCCGAGCUCGUGUGCAAAGGUCAGAUUCGUCCAAUAACAUUGGCAAUGGAGCCAAUGGUGCAGCUGCUGCUGGCGAAUGGAACAAUGAUGAGAACGACAGAUUUAGUUUCGAAGAUUCCGAUCGUUUUGAGGAAGAUUCCCUCUGUAGUUGGAGCUCAGAGCCCGAAAGUUUGUGCAACAAUUGGCGCGGUUGGAAGAAACCCAGUUCAAUUGUCUUAAAUAAUGGACAAAUUGCACGAAGGCCAGAUGCCCUAAUUCCCCUAACAGAAUUAGCUGCACUUUGUGUAGCUACUUAUAUACCAUUUGAAUUAGUGGAAAAUGUUUUUCCACCCGUACCGGAGCAACUGCAACUACGAAUUGCAUUUUGGAGUUUUCCCGAUAACGAGGAGGACAUUCGACUGUAUUCGUGUCUUGCGAACAGUUCACCCGAGGAGUUUCAUCGAGGCGAGCAACUUUUCAAAAGUCGCGCCGUCAAGGAUCCCUUGCAGAUUGGUUUUCAUUUGUCAGCGACUGUUGUAACCAGUCAACCAAAAAAUCAAUAUAAUGUAGCUGUCACGUUUGACAGAAGACGGAUCUCAUCAUGUAACUGUACAUGUACAUCAGCUGCGUAUUGGUGCUCUCAUGUUGUUGCAGUUUGUCUGUAUCGCAUUCAUUGCUCGAGCAAGGUGAGUUUGAGAGCGCCCGUUUCGGAAUCGCUGACACGCUUGCAACGCGAUCAACUGCAAAAGUUUGCGCAAUAUUUGAUAAGCGAGUUGCCUCAACAAAUUUUGCCGACAGCACAACGUUUGCUUGACGAAUUGUUGAGUUCACAACCAACAACAAUCAAUACCGUUUGUGGAGCGCCUGAUCCAACCGCUGGAGCCUCCGUAAAUGAUCAAACGAAUUGGUAUCUCGAUGAAAAGACAUUGCACGAUAACAUCAAGAAAAUCUUGACAAAAUUCUGUCUGCCAACUCCCAUGGUAUUCAGCGAUGUGAAUUAUCUGACAAACAGUGCGCCGCCAGCAGCAGCUGAAUGGAGCUCUCUGUUACGUCCCUUGCGUGGUCGAGAGCCCGAAGGAAUGUGGAAUCUGUUAUCAAUUGUUCGCGAGAUGUACAGACGAUGCGAUCGCAAUGCCAUCCGAUUGUUGGAAAUAAUCACCGAGGAAUGCAUGGCAUGCGAUCAAAUUUUAGUUUGGUGGUUUAAUAUAAAAUUAGCUCUUCUCGUUGGGUCUGGAGCCCAUGGAGGAGGCAAACAUAGUAGCACACACAGUAAUACGAAUGCUACGCAACACGCGUGUGCUUCAUUAUGUGACGAGAUAGUGGUGCUUUGGAGAUUAGCAGCUCUCAAUCCUGAGUUGGCGCCCGAUGAACGAGACAUGUUACAUGCACAAUUUACGAGUUGGCAUUUGAAAAUUCUUGAUCGUGUCACCAAGUGUUUUGUGCAGUCGUCAUCACACAGCAGUAAACAACAGCAAAAUUUGAGAAACGAUGCAGAAUUGUUUACCGGAUUCAAGCCAGCCAUCGAGGCAUGUUAUUUAGAUUGGGAGGAUUAUCCAAUAGCAGGUAUAACGCAUACAGUUGAUACAAAUCCCAUGUACCACUGCCCCUUCACAUGUUUUAAACACACGGAUUCAAAGACUGAAAUAAAUAGCAAGAUAAACUCAAGUCAGGCGGUACUCACGAACAACACACAUCAUUAUAGUAGCACGUCAAAUCCCGCUGUAACGCAUCAUCACAGUCAUGCUGUUCGUCAGAAGCGCGAGAAAGCGUAUCGCGAUCGACAACAGAUGGCCAGUAGCAGUAACAGCAGCGCCGAGAGCAAGGGUCACGCAUCGACAUCAUCACAUGGCGCCGCAGCAGCUUUGAAGGACCGUGCUCCGGGAAAUCGUUCUAGCGUAAGUAGUGAAGGUUUUUGCGAAAACGAAGACGACUCUAUAAUAUCUCAGAACAAUUCAGUUGUUACCGCCGUUACACUUGAAAUAGUUAGUAGUUCUAAUAGUAGUAAUAAUAUUAACUCGAAAGAUACUGUUAAUAAUGUAAAUAGUAGUAGUAACAACAACAAUUCUAGCAUAUUAAAUUCACAACUGUCUACUUCAUCGUCGGCAACGUCAAAUGAUAUGUGCUUGCCUGCCAAUUACUCGGUUGGCUUCGACGACGUGCAAGCGUCUUCAAGCUCGAAUGUCUUUGAAUCUUCUGCUGUAGCGAACGAAGAAAAGGCAAAAGACUCAAAGGCUGAAACUUCAGUGAAUGCUUUGGUAACAAAUACACAGGCAUUAGACUCUUCUAUCAGUAGCUCGUCCUCGUCGUCAUCAUCUCAAUCGAACGACUCAAAUUCGUUGCAAGCGGCAUUUGAACGCGAUCAACAACAACCCUCGACAAGUGGCGAGCCACAAAAUAUCGCAGAAGUUAAAUCCGUUGAAUCGCCGAAGAAACAAGGAGAUGAAGCUGGUGCCGAAGCACUUGCUGCCCAAAAUCGAAGACCUUCGAAAGACGAAAGCUUCUCUAGUUCUGAAAGCCAUCAAGAUGACUUUAGUGUCUAUUAUUACGAUGCAAAUAAGGCAGCAAAUGCAGAAGAAGAGGAAAAACUCAAAAACAUCGAGGCAAAACAACAAGAAGCGACACCCUCGAAAUUUCCCGUAUUUUCCAAUAUUCGACCAACCGAAGAUGCUUGGGAUAUUCUUUUUGCUCGUGCAGAAGGUUUACAUGCUCAUGGUCACGAUAGAGAAGCUUGUACAUUGGGUAUCCGUUUGGCAGAAGAAUUGCUUGCAAAUCCGCCGAAUUUGAUGGUUGAUGUUGCUCCUCCAGUCAAGCGAAAGGGCAAGAAACACAACGUCAAUCCCAUUUUCCAUCAAAUUAGUGUAUUGGCAUCUGCAACAUUGGCCAAGUGUGCAUUCUUAUGCACCGUGUUAUCGGAAAAUAGCGAUCAUUAUCACUUGGCUUUCCGUGUUUGCUUGUUCGGAUUGGAGAUGGCACGUCCUCCAGCGAGCACAAAACCACUCGAAGUGAAAUUAAACAAUCAGGAAUCUGAUUUGUUAGCACAUUUGAAAAAGAUCAAUUUGGGUCCGGAAGAGUUGAAAAAGAUAAGAGAGAAGGCUGAACAAUUGAGAGAUGGCACAUUCAAAUCUCGUGGAAAUGCUUUGUUGCCAAUUAUGUUGGCGAGUUUCAUAUUUGAUGCGUUGGUGACGUCAAACAAUGUGUCAAAAGAACCGAAACCGAAAGUUUUAUCUGCCUAUAGACUACCAACAGAUGAGCAGCUUGGCUUUGAAGCAGCUGUUGCUGCUUUAGGUUUGAAAGCUAACGUUGCCGAGUCAGAGCAUCCAUUGUUGUGUGAAGGCACUCGACGACAAAGAGGCGAUUUAGCAUUGACUUUACUCUAUCAUUACAAAGAUGAGCCACGUAAUAUUUGUCGUAUCAUGGAAAAGUUGUUGGAUAGAGAUAUUCAUACGUUGAUCAAAACGCCUCUCUUGCCAUCUUAUUAUUCAAACAACCCUCCAAUUAGAAGUCAAUCGUCUCAGAUGAGAGGCUUGGAAGAUCACGAAGGUGCAAGAAUUCACAUUAAUGAGUCUGUGCAAAACGAUUUGUCUGUAAACAGUCGUCCGCAAAGCAGUACAAGUGCUGAGCUCGAAAACAAUAUUUCCGCACUUUCGCUCAAUUGUUAUCCCGCAAAACCGACUACGAAUCAAGUGUCGAUGGUUAAUCCGGGACCUUCAAUAACCAAUCGAUCAAAGGAAUCACGUUAUAAGGGCAAACGAUCAUAUCCGAGCAUCCCGAAUCAACCUUCCGAAGCAGGAGCUCACUUUAUAUUUGAAUUAGCGAAGAACGUUUUAACGAAAGCCGGCGGUACGAGCUCUACAUCGCUUUUUACGCAAGUUUCUACGAACAACAAUCAUCAUGGACCGCAUCGCGCACUUCAUAUGUGUGCUUUCCAAUUGGGACUUUAUGCUUUGGGACUUCAUAAUUGCGUUAGCUCAAACUGGUUGUCACGAACAUAUUCUUCACACGUAUCAUGGAUAAUGGGACAAGCUAUGGAAAUCGGAGCUCCGGCAAUUUCUUUCAUGAUCGACACUUGGGAAGGUCAUUUAACGCCGCCAGAAGCCGCAGCUAUGGCUGAUCGUGCAUCAUCUCGUGGAUGGGACAGUAAUAUGGUAUUACCAGCUGCUGAAUUAGCGCUUUCUGUCUUACCACACGCUGCAGCUUUGAAUCCCAAUGAGAUUCAGAGAGCGAUUUUGCAGUGUAAGGAACAAAGUGAUCUUAUGUUGGAACGAGCAUGUCUCACUGUGGAAAAUGCUGCCAAGAGCGGAGGUGUUUAUCCAGAAGUUUUGUUCCAAGUUGCUCGUUAUUGGUAUGAACUGUAUUUGCGUAAUACUCCUGGAGGUGAAUUAGAGCCCGAAGAACAAAAUGAUUAUUUCAAUGUCAAUCUCAUGCCGUUGAUCGAAUCGGGAGAUAUUCAACAUAAUGCACAAGCUCCCAACACGAAUGCUCCAAUUCCCCCUGUAGUUGUUGCCGCAAAUCCUACAACAGGAUUCCCACCCCAAGGCAUCAACCCCGUAUCGCGUAUCGUGCAGCCAUACGUUCCCUUCAAUUAUCACUUACAAGGCAUAUAUCAGAACAUUCCGUUCCACGCAAAUCAGAUGCCAAUGUAUAUGCCGCAAUUCCAAUAUCCGCCUGUACCAAAUCAAAAUUUCCCACAGAUGCAACAACAGCAGCAACAACAAAUGCGUCAAAAUGGACAUCCGCAUCCAGCGCAAUUCAACCAAUAUAACAACAUGAAUCCCGGAAAUGUGCCAGGAGCAAAUCAAGCGAUGGGCGCUCGAACUCGUCAUCCCCAUCAAUUCAGCCCGACACAGUUGAAAUAUCUACUCGCUGCAUACAACGUUGGUAUGCUCGCUCUUGAAACACUUGCACGUCGCGUUCACGAUGAUCGUCCUCAAGCGAAAUACGCGCGAAAUCCUCCGUAUGGCGACGACAUCAAAUGGUUGCUUCGUAUCUCAAAACGUCUCGGUACGCAAUAUUUGCAUCAAUUUUGUGUGUGUGUUGUGAAUUCCAUCGUCAGUCCGUUCGUUUUGCACGAAGUUGCAAUCGAAUCAGCGCAUUAUCUCGCGAGAAAUAACCCAACAUUGGUACUGCAACAUCUGAGAUCCGCGUUGAGUCCCCUCGUGCAAAAAUGCCAACAAAUGUACAUUCAGAGCAUUCAUCAGAAGUUGUAUCAUUUGACGGUUGCUGACUACGAAGUGUUCACGAGCACAAUUCUCUCGGCUCGAAAUGCGUUCCAAAUUACGCCCGACGGACCGCAGCAAUUCAAGGAUUGGCUCCAGUCAAUUCGUCGAUCGAAAUCGUGUAAAAAAGAGUUGUGGACACAGAUAAAUAACGCAUUGCAAAACAAUUCGAAAUGACAAAAGUUUUCAGCUGUAGCGUAAAAAAUUAAAUAAAAAAAAAUUAAAAAAAAAACAAAAAAAAAUUAAAAAACCCCUAAAAAUCUGAAAAAUUUUAAAAAGAUAAAAAAAUGAAAUGAAAUACAUUAUUCUGGUAUUCAUUGAUUGUUCUUCCUUU